AUGGAAACUAAAAGUUUAACAACUAAAUUGACCAUAAAAAAAUCUCAUAAAAAGAAAUUCAGUGAGGAAAUACCUAAACAUUUAGAUAUUAAUAAUGUAUACCAUCCAAAAUACGAUGUUACCCAAUUAAUGUCUACUAGACGUAAAUUAUGUGCUUCUAAAAAUCCCCCUAGACCACCAAACGGUUAUUUUUUGAUGAAAAAUUGUUAUAUGCUAGAAUUACGUAAAAUUGGAAUAAAAUUAACUAUGCCUGAGUUGUGUAUCCAAUCGAAGCAUUUGUGGAGAGAAGCACCAAAAGAAGUAAAAGAUCUUUACGACAAAAUACAAUUAAAAGCUCAAAGCAUCCACAAUGAAUUGUAUCCGGGAUAUAAAUUUAGGCCAAGAAAAAGGCAAACCUUUAAAAUGCAUGUUUUUCCCCACGAAAGUGCUACCAAUAUUACAACUUUUAGUUCCACAAAUUAUUUGAAAAGGCCUGCUUCUCAAUUGGAUAAUUAUUUAUCAACGGAAUCUGUAGUUAGAUCUCCAGCACUUUCUAGUUCUUCAGUUUCCCCCGAAACUACUUAUUCUACAGAAAUUUCUACUCCCACAUUUUCUGAUCCUCUUGAAUUUUCUCCACCACUUUCAAAUCAUUUUGAUCAAAUUUAUAUCGAUAACGAUCUAAUACCUUUUUCAAUUUUAAAUGGAGAAGAAUUUAAUGAAUCGUUGGAAAGUUUUAACCCAUCUUUCGAUUUUGCUCAAAAUUUUCAACCUUCACAACGGUCGUGCUCUCAUAGUUCAAACGAAAUUUUAAAUGUUCCUAUAGGCACAGACAACAUUUUUUUUGACUUAGAACAAAAUUUCAAUCUUAUAGAAAACAAUGAAAACAAUGGAUAUCCAUUUUAUUAA